AUGACUCCACCAACGCAGUACAAGCCCAUUCAGCCGGCGCCGUUGAAGGUGACGAAAUCAGGCACUUCAUCUGGCUCCGGCCGAGUUAAUGGAGAGAAGCAUGCCAAGAGGGUCAAAGCUGUGACUCAGGCUUGUCAUACGUGCCGUCGAUACAAGGCCAAGUGCGAUGGACUUCGCCCCAGAUGCACUAGCUGCAAAACCAAGAAUAAGCCAUGCGGCUACGAAGGCGAGGAGGGCCAGUCCCGCCAGGAGGCGAUGAAAUCACGACUGGAGGCGUUAGAGAAGUUGGUGACCGCCCUUCAGCAAAAGUCACCCGAAGAGGCUGAAGCAUUGCUUCAACGUAUUCGAAAUGCCGACGAUAUCGUUUCGCUUUCGUCGGCUGCUUCCAGCGAGAAUGGCGACCGCAUUGUCGCCGGACUUCAUCGCAACGAUUCGUCGUCGCCCAGCAUGGGCGGGUCACUUUCCGAGUCGUUGUCAUCACCUUCAGCUGUCCCGACUGUAUCAACGGACAUCAUCAAGCGUGCUUUGCAAUCUGGCUCUCCAUCUUCGGACGAGUCGUCUGAAGGUAGCAUGCAGCUUAUCUCAGGUUCCGGGAACACCACCGCGCGCUUACGUGUCGAUCAUUCGGCCUAUUUGAUUCGUUUCGUCAUUCCCAACGCGGACGCCACCCGUGCGGCUCUUAACAGUUUCUACAGCUCGAGCGGAAAACUUUUUCAUGUCUUUUCCCAGCAGGAGAUGGAUCGGUACUUCACCACCGUUUUUGGCUACGAUGGGCGACCCAACUAUUCACAGAAGAUGGCGAUUUGCUGUCUUUGCUCAGUCGCUGCCAUUGGAAUUCAGUACAACCCCGACGACUUCGAGAAGGGCUCGGAACACAUCUUUUAUGAAGUCGCCCGGCGAUAUUUCGUGGAUGUUCUCGAGGAGUCAUCACUCGACGCCAUCAAGGUUUGCACCAUGUUGGCAUUCUUUAACGUUAUGAACAAGGCGACUAUUUCGCUUGCUUGGGUGGAACUCGGCAUGAGCAUGUCUCGACAAUUUGGCUUGAAUACCACCAUUUUGCUCCGCGACGAAAGGACCGACCAGAUGAUCGACUACAGGAAAACCUGGAGGACGUUGAUGUUUUUCUCCAGCUGGCUUUCAUCCACUUUGGGGUACAUCUCCGGCAGCGCUGGAUCAGACUUUUUGAAGUUUGUCCCCAUUGCUGAAGUUGAGCCUCAUUAUCCCCUUCAUGUGACGGAGACCGUUCAGAGGGAGAUGACCAAGAUAUCGCUUCUCAAGGCCGAAAUUCUCCGCAUGCAAUUCGAAUUUCAGGAUCUUCCCAGACUUACCGUUGUCGCCAACGAAUAUCUCGAGAAGUGGCACGAGAAGCUCCCGGUCGACGUGCAGUUGGCCAACCUUGCCAACCCUAGUCUUGAUGACACAGUCCGAAGGUCUAUCUAUCAUGUUCACUUGCUAUAUCUCGGUGCUAUGCAGCUUCUGUAUCGCUGGAUUGCUGCCAGGCUCAUCCAAACGACCACUGUCAAUGGCAAGGAGGUUAUUGUUGCUAGCGAGUCCGUCCCCGAGGAGGACCGCAAGCUGCUUAAGCACGUUUCCCAGGGCCUGAUUGCCGCCAAGCAUUCAGCCCGUCUGCUUGCUUUGCUGCACGGUGAACGUGGUAUCUUCCAACGCUGCUGGUUGGUUAUCUUCCAAGCACAUACCUCGUGUGUUGUCAUUAUGCAUUCGGUAGCGCAGAAACAACUUCAUGGCUUCCCGGUCAGCUCCUGGGCUCCGGACCUCAAACUAGCGCAGCUGUGCCUGGACACGCUUGAAUUCUGUGGAAGAAUCGAUCCGGUGGCUCUUCGCUUCCACGUGCGACUCUCCGCCAUCUUUAAGAGCCUUGCAGCCGCUCUUCCGAGCAAUGGCGACCAAACCACGAGACAGAGGACGGAAGAUUGGGUCACCAUGCCUCCUGAUUUCCCGCCUAUCCCUGGUGCUACCAGAGUCAACAACAGUGUGGACACGCCGAUGGUGGAACCGGAACAACUUGAGGAGCCGGAUCCGGAGUACCUUCUCACGAUGCCGAAGGAUGCCAAGGAACGCGUGGCCGCGCUGUCACACUCGCUGUUAUCGGCACUUUGCCGACCUUGGGGCGGUGACGAAGUGGGACCGGCGGGCACGGCUUGUGCCCAGGGAAAGAGCAGCAAUGCGAUCGUAAUCACGGAGAAGGUGGUGGAUGAGGAAGACAUUCCGGUAGCGUCGGGAACGUUCCGUUGGGAUCACACGGGCCACCUAGGGUCGCGUGGCAUGACCAAGUUGGCGAAGGAGCUGGGAUUGACAAAGUCGGUCGACGAGUCGGGUCCGGACUCUUGCUCUAGUGAGCUCAGCCUGGGGAGCGACUGCAGGUUUUUGGAUAGCGAGGACCCGCACGGUUGGCAGACAGCGCCAGAGUACAUCGACAUGUCAUAUUGA